AUGAUACCCCAUCUUGACUCUUCAAGUGUAUACCAUGCUAAUACCCUACCUUCUAUCCGUACACACUUUAAAGACCAACAAACUCGCUUUCAAACAUGUCCUAAUAUUAAAUUUCAACAUCAACUGCAUAUUGUACCAAUGAUAGAGCAAUUGAAUCCAGACAAGGAUCGAGUUAUCCAACAAGGACUUGUCUUAUGCACACGCACAGAACAAUGGUACACAAGGAAAAAGACAACGACCCGAGAAUUACAGCUACGAAAGACACGGUUACGAUGGAGACGAUUUAAAGCUGUUCUUAAACUAGAUAGAUUAGAACUCUAUCAUAAACUGAUCAUUAACACACAGAGGCUGGCUCACAUCAUCUAUCUAGACAAUCAACCACCUCACCGUCGAGUCAAAUUAGCUAUGAUUUCAACUCAAGAUGCAGUCUGGUCAUUGGAAUUCAUGGACCGAGAUACAAAAUGCUUGAUAGCGUAUCAUUUCCAGUCAUCCCAUCUAUCAGAUGCUCAAGCAUGGUACAUGUCUAUCUACAACCUAUUACCCUCUACACAUUAUUGCAAAAAACCAAUACCUUCUUAUGUCGAUAUCCAUGUUCUACUUGAGCCCAAUUUACUAAAAGAACCAUUGCGUAUUCGACUUCCUCUGGAUUAUUUAACCAGUCUCUAUGAACAUUUUGAUAUACGCACACGAGACAUGAAGCCUAUUUUGUUGUCUCUCUUAGAGAAGAAUGAAGCAUUAAGUCACAUCAACUGGAAGAGAAAGAAACUCAAACUGUGCUGGAAACACCAAACUUUAAAUCAUUCCACUGAAUGGGUCAAAGAAGAAACCAGUCUGAUUAGUCCUUCAUUGAUCGAGAAAAGCCACAGCCUGGAAUUACAUGUACUAGAUCAAGAAGAACAAGAUACGAAAAAGAGCACAACAUUUGAUGGUCUUUUAAUUCAAAAGAUAUAUACCAACAAGAAGGGGAAAUGUAAGAAUGUCUAUUAUUACUCAGUUCUGUAUGGACAUCACUUGUUCUUUUUCGAUGGUCUUUAUUAUUUUCAAUGCAAGAAACAUGACGAAAAGAAAAAGAAAGACGCAAAGAAACAACACUGGUUCUCUGCUACCACAGGCUUCUUGUUUCAACAAAGAAAACUCACAAUAUCCAAACAAUCCAACCACCCCAAUAAGCGUACACAAUACAAACUAGGCAGUGUCGAGUCAUCGCCUCAUCUCAAGUUAUCCAAGCCUGAACUUAUACCACCUCCAGACCCUUCCAGGCUGUUGAAUGCCAAACACGUGAUUGAUUUACAUCGAGUAGAAUAUGUUGAACCAUGUCAUCAAGACAAAAUUUUUAUGCUACAUAUCAACGGCACAUCUUUGUACUACGAAGCACCAAAUACGCAGAUCAUGCUAGAGUGGGUUACACUGAUAAACAAUGCUUUCACUCUGGACCGUCUUUUACUUUAUUUCAAUCGAGAUCAGCAUAGACAAAUAUUGGUAUGUAUUUUUAUGUUUAGAUCGUACUGUUAA